AUGGCGGAAUCUACAUCUAUUGAUGUGAAUAAUUUAUUUUCGAAAUUAUACCAAGAGUUUAGAUUAGUACAUUUAAUAUAUCAUAGAAACAAAAAUCAGCACAAGGCUGCAAUAUGGUGGAAACGCUUGAAUAUGUUGAAGAGAAGUUGUUCACAAGUCAUUGAAUUAUUACAAAGAUAUAAAAAUUCAUGGAAAGACUCUCAAUUGAUUAAGUUGUAUCGUUUGCUACAUAAUUUUUUGAAAAAGCAAUUAAGCAAGAUGUAUUACGAAUUCAAUGGUGUUAUUGCGUUAGGCCAAUUUAUUACUCUUGGUGUUGUAUUAGUUGGGCUAUUAAGCAGAGUAAAUUCAAUUUAUACACAACUGAUGGAAUUAUUCUUCCCCGAUUUUAAGAGACUAAAAAUUAUGCCCAUGAUUAAAAAUAGAGAUGGUUUAAAAAAUGAAACUGAGAUGGAAAAAUUACUUGAAUAUGUAACAAAUGAAGAAUUAGGCGAAGAUAUAAACGAGGACUUUUUAUCUAAUAAGUCAAUUAAAUCAUCUUCUAUGACACCAGUAGAUGUUCCUGAAACACAAAUACUAGAGCCAAAUAUUAAUUCCAACGCCAACAAAAUAAAAAAGAAAUCUAAGAAAAAGAAGAAAUCAAAAUCUGCAAUUGAUGAUAUAUUUAGCUAA